AUGACCGACUCCGACUCAACCGUCACCGCUAUCCCGGCAGAAGAAACCGUCUCAACCCCGCCGCCGAAGCAAACGGGAUUCAAGAUGUUGAGCAUUUGGCCCCCUUCGCAGCGCACACGCGACGCCGUGAUUUAUCGCUUAAUGGAUACAUUGUCCCCUGGCUCCGUUGUCUCCAAGCGCUACGGUGCGAUUUCAGCCGCUGAGGUCGAAGACGCCGCUCGCCUGAUCGAGAAGGAAGCCUUCGACACCAUCCACGGCUCCAGCGACUCUACUUCCCCCGGGGUCGAAAUCCUCCAGCAGUAUACCAACGAGAUCACCAGGCAGCUGCUGGAAUACGUCGGUCCCCCCUCCCGCUGA